GGCGCGGCGGGGCCGAGCUGAGGGCGCAGGGGAGGGGAGCGGAGCGAUGGCGGCCGCCCUGGGGCUCUCGUCCUCGCCGGGCUCGCCCGCCGUCAGCGAGCUGUGCCAGAACAGGCGGGAGAUCUUCCUGGAGGCCUCGCGGCUGCUCCUCACCUACGCGGACAACAUCCUCCGGAAUCCCUAUGAAGAAAAAUACAGAUUAAUUCGGAUUGGAAAUCCAGCAUUUUCCACAAGGCUGUUGCCUGUCAGAGGAGCAGUUGAAUGUUUAUUUGAGAUGGGGUUUCAAGAGGGAGAAACUCACCUGGUUUUCCCUAAGGAAGCUUCGAUYGAACAACUACGUAAAAUCAGAGACUUAAUUGCAGGAGAGAGGAGUAGCAGACUGAAUGAGUCAAACCAGAUCUACAGAUCAGGAUCCUCUGACACUGUCGGUGGCACUCAGGCAGCUGCACAACGGCCUCCAAGACCUGUUGACUCUGUUCGUCCACCUGCCCGCCAGCAAGCAGAGGCAUCACUUGUGCAAUCUCUUGAAAUGGCUGCAAAUAUCUUGAAAACACUUCAAACAAAAUUUGAGGAUCUUGUAUUGAUGUAUGAGAAUCCUUCCAUUCAGCAGAAAGCACUAGCUGCAAUUCCCCUCCAGGAAUUGAAAAGCAAGGCGCAGAAAAAGCUAGCUCAAGCUACAAGACUGGACAAAGGUGCACAUGUGAAUGAAGAGGACUUCYUAUUGUUGGAGCUUUUGGACUGGUUUAAAACUUCUUUUUUUCAUUGGGUAAAUAGUCUUCCUUGCAGCAGGUGUGGUGGGCAGACAGAGUCUAAAAGUGACUACCUGUUGCCUACUAAUGAUGAUCUGAGGUGGGAUGCCAGUCGAGUGGAAAACCAUUACUGCAACCAGUGUCAGCUCUCCAACAGAUUCCCAAGGUAUAACAACCCUGAAAAACUUCUGGAAACCAGACGUGGACGCUGUGGCGAGUGGGCCAACUGUUUUACACUGUGCUGCAGAGCUGUAGGGUUUGAAGCAAGAUAUGUCUGGGACUAUACAGAUCAUGUGUGGACUGAAGUAUAUUCUUCAUCUCAGAAAAGAUGGCUUCACUGUGAUCCCUGUGAAAAUGUCUGUGAUAAGCCUCUUCUCUAUGAAACUGGYUGGGGAAAGAAGCUCUCCUACAUAAUUGCAUUCUCCAAAGAUGAGGUUGUUGAUGUCACCUGGAGAUACAGCUGUAAACAUGAAGAAGUACUCUCUAGAAGGACAGCACUCAGCGAAGCAACGCUGCGAGAGACAAUUAAUGCACUAAAUAGAACGAGACAGAAGUCUUUGUCAGAAAAUAGAAAAAGAGAGCUCCUGGAAAGGACUAUUGUGGAGCUUGUUGAAUUUAUUUCUCCUAAAACACCUAAACCUGGAGAAUAUGGUGGAAGGACAUCGGGCUCAAUGGCUUGGCGAGUAGCCAGAGGUGAAAUAGGACCAGAGAAAAGAAAAGAAGUAGUUUUUAUUCCCUCUGAAAAGGAGAAGUCAUCUAAACUGUUCCAUCUCGUCUACAAUGUAAUAGAUGAUAGUUAUACACGGAUUUCCAAUAACAAUGAAAAAAUAAGUGGCUGGGAAGCAGGUGUUUGGAAGGCAGAGUCUGUUUGGAGAAAGGUUGAAACAGAUUGGAAAAUGGUUUACUUAGCCCGAAAAGAAGGGUCAUCCUCUGCUUCCAUCAGCUGGAAGUUUGAGUGCAAGUCAGUUGGUUUAAAAAUAGAUAACAUUUCAGUUAGRACUAGCAGUCAAACCUUUCAGAGUGGAAGAAUACAGUGGAAACUUUGCUCUCCUACAGCAGAAAUUGCUCUGAUAGGAGAUAAAAAUCUUUGCUCCUAUUCAGAUUUUUCUGGAGCGACGGAAGUUAUGUUGGAAGCAGUUCUAAAUGGAGGGGAUGGUGAAGCUGCAUGGCAACACACACAGCUGUUUAGAGAGAGCUUAACAGGAUGUGGAGAAAAUUGCUUGGAGAUAAUUAUAAAACUCAGUGACCUCUGAGAAUCAGAACUGCAGAAAUGUACUUUGGAUUCCUUGAAGACAUUAUACCAUGGGUAUAUAACAUGAAGAUUUGGUUGGCAAUUCCUCUUCUUCCUGCUGGCAGCUUAUUUCCUGUUUCACUGCUUCCAUUAAACCAACCUGAAACUGCACGUGUAUUGAAUAGGUAAACAUCACAAUGAAAAUCUCUUUGCUAUAAAAACAARCACCAAAAUUAAGGGAUUGAACCAUAAAGUACCCUUUUCUUAAACUUUACAAUGAAAAGGAAACAAUUUUUGGGAAGCAAAACAUGAUCAUAGAAGCACAAAGCAAUUGUAAUUGAUUUUAAUUUGGAGUUUGGGGAUUGGCUUGCUGGUUUGGGGGCGGGGGGCGUGUAAUCUACUAGGAAAAUCAGUUUGAAUUCUAUUUCUCAAUUACAACAGAUGCUUGUGAUGUUUUUAAAAUAUUUUAAAGAAURUUAGAAGAUUUAGACAUUUUAAAAGAAACUGAUUUUGUGUAAUAUCCAGAAGUGCWGAAAUGAAGUUAAUUUCAGGAUUGCUUCAAAAUGUCCUUGUUAGAUAUCUAAGUAGUAAACAUGUGUUUAACAYCUAGAACUAUUUGGAAGCAUGACAGUUGCUGGAAAUAACCUAAUUUUGAAAGAAGUAUUCAUUACUUACCUAAAAUUGUCAUGGCCUAUAAGAUGAAAUUGAGGCUUAGAACUGAGUAAGAACAUMAUAUUUUUUCUAUGAAAAAAUAGGUUAUUCAUUAUAAAUACUUUUUAAUGAUACUCAGAUUUGCUUAAAAAAUCUUUUAAAAGGUAGGCAUGUAGGUUGAAAUCCUUUAAAGCUUUUGUCUUGGCUUGCUUUAAAUACUAUUCCCAAAUUUGAUUGUAAAAGUUUAUGCGUUUUUUCUGUUCAUUAAUGCAGUGUUCAAAUUUAUUUUCAGUCAAUAUAAUAAAAAAUACUAUCCAGAAGAUGUCAGUUGUUGCAGUGGUAUGAAUAAAGCAUGGAGUGAAUGUUCAGAUUAGAUAGUCUUUAUCAGAAUGCAAGGAAAGCUAUGCCUGGGUUAUACAAGAAAUUUUCUAUUAUAGAACGAAAAUGCAAAAUUCAAACUAUGGUUUUAUUUUAAAAUAAGUGAGAAUUAAGGAUUAUGUUCUCCAGAUGAGUGUUUUUAAAGUUUUUUUCCUUUUUCUGACCUUUCCAACCUCUGUAUUGAUUUGAAGUGUUYGUCAAAAAUAAUUUAUGUUGAAAUAAAUGUUUGCUGACCUUUCAGCAAAUCUAAGCAAAUAUAAAGCUAUUCAGAUUUUAUUAGAAAACUGCAUAUGCACAGUGAACACAGGAAUCUUAAAAAAUAGUAGAUUAUGGGAGCUCAGGAGUGACAAAACUAUGUGUGAUGGAUUAUAUACUUCAGAAUGUAAAUGGACAGGUUAUGAGGGGGAUUAGAAGAGUCUCCCUCCCUUAAUACAGAGCAACACAGUGACAGGGUACUGUAUGGGAGGGUGUUAAUCAAUGCUUGACUAAUGCAAAGUGAAUUUGCCAGUUUCCAUUUAAAACUACUUCUGUAUUUGGUUUCAGCUAUUAUUUUUCUGAGAUUUUCUGGGAUUUUGAGUGGGAACCCAACAAAAAAGUAUUUCAGGCUAAUAUAUGUACUACAGUGGAAUUAGAAAAGAAAAAAGAAGACCGGUGCCACCAAUCAACAGGAAUGUUUUCACUUAACAUCUUGAUAGCUAAAAAAGUUACUGCUUUAAGACAGAAAUUGUUUUUGCAGUGUAUUAGAGGACCUUGAGGAAUUGCAAAAUUCCUUGACUACAUCUGAUAAUUGGAAAGCAGAAGGCAAAAUGAAUUUAAAAGUAAUAAGAUAAAAUUAUUUUUCUCAUAAUUUUGGACAGAAUCUCUGGGGAAAGAGUAAUAGCUGCCGAUAACUUGAAACAGUAAAAUAACUGAAGUCCAUUAUUAAAAUGUUUGAAUUAAUUAAAAAGAUGGAAAAAUGUCUUGCCAGUCUAAUUAAUCAAGAAGUACUUCUGUGUUUAUAAGAUCACAUGCAAUUAAUAGAAGUGCUUAUUUUAGGAAAUAGUUAAUAAGAAGAACACUCAGGCUGAAUAGAGCUAAUAUGAAAAAAUYUAAUGGAACUCCUUCAGUUGUCUUUUGGAGUACCUUAUAAGCAGUGMACACUUUGAAUCUCUUCAUACAUAAGACGUAACCUGUUCUAAAGGCACUAAUUUUCUCUACUGAUCUCCAUUUCUGCUCAACUCUUGAAACAUUUUAUUUAUUUUUUUAAACCAGAGGAAUUCCUCAUCCACAGUUGUUUAAUAUUAACUUACAGUAAUAUUCUGAAUUCGCAAUAUUACUAUUCACAAUUAUUUGUAAUUGUUUCUGUGCUGCAAUCUGCUCURAAAGUUUGGUUUUUAAGUUAUGCUUGUAAUGGUACAAUACUGGAUGAGUGGUAGAUGUUGAUCAGGGCACAUGUGGAUAGAAGUCAGUGCUUAUUCAACUCAUUAGAAGUUYGAGAAGGUGGGGAUGAAAUGGGGAAAUUAAAAACAUUCUUGCCUAGGAAUGUAUGGCUUGAUACAGAUAAAAUCGGCAAAAUUUUCUAGAAUAGCUUAGUCCUGUACAUUUUAAAGAACAACUGCCUGUCCAGUGUGYCGUGUGUGGGUGCCUUCCAAGGCUGCACUGAGGUGUAACAACGAAAUCUUUUCCAUUAAAGUUUACAUAAAUACUAUCCUAUCCAGUUAAUGCUUGCAAACUAAUUUUGGGGUGCAUGGUUUCCAACAGAACUGUGUGGGAGCCUGUGCACAGAAUUCGUCCCUUCAAACAAGUACUUGUUGUACUGUUGUCUGGCUAGAGUUGAUCAUCCAGCUGUUGAUUUCUUCAUAUCCUGUUUUGACACUUAAUACUUAGGAAUUUCCUGCACCCCAGGAAGUUGCUGGAAAGAUGUAUCUUUAAAAUACAUGGCAGUGUAUUUGGCUUUCUACACUUCUAGGCAGUGUAGAAAGCAAGCACAGUUACAAAGCACAGAUAUGCAGGAAUCAAGRAAACUUCAGUGUGAAUGAUAAUGUACUUCCAUUGACAAGUAGUGAAAAUCGCAUCUGAUCUUGUAUCAUCUUAACUCAUAUGCUAUCCUUGGAAGAUUUUUCACAUAUAGUGGCUUGCACUUAAGAUAUAAUCCUUAUUAUGUGCAAUAUCAGGGAAUAUUGAACACUAAAAAUAAAGUGUGUUUGUCUCCAUAGUGCACUGGAAUGAAAACAGAUGGUAGGCAGCACAUAUGGCUGCCAGAAGCUGGGAACACCCAUUURCAGAGUUCUUGCAGCUCAAAACAAAACAAGCCAAAACAAAGGAACUCCAAAUGGGGCGCAUAUUGUUCUAGGCAGAUAUCAGGAUAUCUGUCCUCUUCUCCACACCCACACUCCUCAUCUCUUUACUUUUCGUUGCUCAAGCUAGAAAUGG